ACUCGCCUCCCGCACGCCCGCCCGCCCGCCCCUGUCCUCUCCCACAGCGUCCCCUCGUAGGCUCGCCUCUCCCCGAUCCGCCCAGAUCUCGCCGGGAUCCGCCGCGUCUCGCCUGGACUUCGCCUUCGGAACUCGCUGCUCCGUCCGGGCGGGCAGCCAGGAGGGGUCGUUCUUUCCCGGGGGGCGGCGGAUCCGUGCUUUUGUCGGAGGCGGUUCGGCGGGGUCGCGUCGCGUCACGUUUGUGGUCCUGGUUGUGGCGCCGUCGGCGAGGUGUGAUUCGGAAGGGACUUGUGGUCGACGGAGCUGAGACACGGCAUGGACUACGGGGGGGCCGUGGACAGCAGUGGUUCCUGCCGGUGACAGGCUGGGAACGGGUACCUGCCCGCCGGUUUGAACCAAGAACAGCAGAGGUAUGAAAGGCAGUGGACGCAUGACUGGUAAUGGAAGAGAUACUAUUGCUGCUGGUCCAUAUACUAGAGUUCAACCACAGACAGAUAUGGAAACACAAAUACAUCAACUUGAGCAAGAAGCAUAUUGUUCAGUUCUUCGAGCAUUCAAGGCUCAGUCUGAUGCUAUAACAUGGGAAAAGGAAAGUCUCAUUACUGAGCUUAGGAAGGAGCUACGAGUAUCUGACAAAGAACAUAGGGAGUUGCUAAACAGAGUUAAUAGUGAUGAUAUUAUCCGAAGAAUAAGGGAAUGGAGAGAGUCAACAGGUGGGCUUCAGAUGAAUUCGGUUAAUAAUGCUCAGCGUUUGCAUGACCCCAUGCCCAGUCCUACCACCUCCGCUCGCAAGAGGCAAAAGAUAUCUCAACCCAUUCCCUCUGCAUCUGUACCUGCACCAUCUGCUAUGCAUUCACAGCCUUUAGCUGCACCAAUGCAACCAUCAUCCUCAGGAGCAAAGAAGGCAGCCCCACCUGGCACAAAAGUGAAAAAGACCAAACCAGGCCAGAAGAUACCUGUUGGCCCUGCAGUCAAACCUAUGCCAACUUCUACUGGUCCUAGUGGGCGGGGACCAGCUAUCAAUAGAAAUACUUCUGCUGGCCUUCCUCCUGAAGGACCACAAUUAAAUCCGUUAAUUGGCCGUAAAGUCAUGACUCGGUGGCCUGAUGAUAAUAGUUUUUAUGAAGCUGUCAUAACUGAUUAUGAUGCAGCAAAGGAUCUCUAUGCACUGGUUUAUGACAUGAAUACAGCACAUGAGACAUGGGAGUGGGUUGAUUUUAAGGAGAUGGCACCUGAGGAUGUAAGAUGGGAAGGUGAGGAGCCUGAUUUAAACCUUCUAGGUCGUGGUGCUCCCAUUCAUGGCAUUAAGAAGUCAACCAGUCGUGGUGGCCACAUGUCAGGUGCUGGAAGGGGUAGGGGGCCCCAAAAGAACUCAUUUAAGAAAGAUUAUCCACCUUCACAAAACGGUGUUGGGAAGAAGAGUUCGGACUACAUAGAGAUUCUUCAUACAGAGACACUCAUAAAGGAGGUGGAGCGGGUUUUUACUGCAGGCAACCCUGACCCCCUUGAGAUGGAGAGGGCCAAGAAAGUGCUAAAGGAGCAUGAACAAUCAUUAAUCGAUGCAAUUGCAAGGCUUGCUGAGGCAUCUGAUGUUGAGGGUGAUGACCAUGCACGACCUCUAGAGUAUAACCGUGGGUGGAGGAACCAACACGGAGGAAGAUAUGCAGAUGACAUGGGAAUCGAUGGCCUCAUGGCUGGAGAUGCAGAUGCCAUGUAAAACCAUUGCCAAAAUGUACACAAUUCCUUGAUUAGUUUUUUUUGCCUGUUGUAAAAUCCAGACGCUGAUUUGUUCUUAGAUUUAGCUCUAGAUACUUCUGAUUCGUUCUAACGAAUGAAUCGGUUGCUAGGAUUGCCACUGUAAUUGUUGUGCUUUUGUAGUAGAAUUGUACUCAGCUCAUGCUUGACAAUGUAAAUUUAGAUUUGGAGCUAUUUUUGUUCUGUAGUCUUUUGAUAAGAAUCACUGAAGACAUUUUGGUUUCCAGUCAAUUCAGAUGAAAGGCCAUUCUCGUAGA